AUGGCCACUGCUGUUCCAGGGCUUAAGCUCUUCGGAGUCAACGUCACCGACAAACUCGCCACAGAGACGACAGACUCCACCAACUUUACAGACGCCGCCGCCGCCGCCGCCGAUCCCCGAAAGUACGAAUGCCAGUACUGCUUACGUGAGUUUAUCAACUCCCAAGCUCUGGGAGGCCACCAGAACGCCCACAAGAAAGAACGCCAACAGCUUAAACGGGCACAUGCUGCGGCAGCUGCUGCCGCCGCCGCCGAAGCUGCCGCCGCUGCCAGCCAUAACUUCUUCUUCACGGCUUUCUCCCCGCCUCAGGUCUCCUCAACUGCCUGUAGCAACUGGGUAUUUUUCUCCCAGCCCUCCCGGACUCACUUCCACUCUUCUCGAGACUCGGCCGCGCAGUUUGCCGGAGUCGGUCACCGCAGCUUAUCGAUGGUUGGGCCGAAGCGGUCCGGCGGCGGCGAAGAUGUGUGUGGGCUCGACCUGCACCUCAGCCUUGCUCCAGCCGGUUCGCUGGCUUGA